GAGUAUUUGAGGCUUACAAGCUUAGGUGUCAUUGGUGCUCUUGUGAAGGCAGAUGACACUGACGUUAUCAGGGUUCUUCUUCCAACACAGAUAAUUCAGCAGUGCUUGCGUGCGGUGCAAAUGAGAAGUGAACUGUCAAAAACAGUUGCAACUUUCAUUCUGCGAAGAUGCCUUCUAGAUAAUUUAGGUUUGAGUUACAUCUGUACCACACCAGAAUUGUGUUUUCAGGUAGUCCGAGUUUUAGGGAAUAUGGUUGGCGCAUUGGCUGAACAACCUUCAUCUAGUCUGCUGAAACACAUAAUUAGGGCAUGUGAUGUACUGAGGACUCGUCUUCCUCUUAUUCUUAGAGAUACCACCUUCAGUAGUCAUCUUAGUGUACGUAAUACUUGGCAAUAUAAGUAGCUCCCCCCCCCCCCCCCCCUGCUCCGUUAGUGAUCAUGAAGCAGUCCUUUUCUAGCAUUAGACCCUUGUUUUUUUCUGACCAUGGG